CCUUAAAGAAAAUUCUUUCCUCUCCCAAAACCUAACGCCGUAACCCAAGCGCCGUGCGUCCAUCGCCGGCCACCUCCAAGCCUCUCUUCGACGAUCUCAGGCUUCCUCUCGUCGCAUCCCAUGGCACCCAUCAUCACCAAGGACACCCCGUGGUUCAACUCCACACCAAGAUGCACUUUCCUAUCAAAUUGAUCUCCACCAACUUCUCCAUUUGGCAGUGCCAGGUUUGCUCAUCGCUCUUGAUCUCAUCAGGUAUGUUGACGGUACUCUCCAUGCGCCACCGAAAGUCCUUGAAGGAGCGGCCAACCCUUGCUAUUCUAUAUGGUUCCGCCAAGAUCAAUCUAUCAUUGGAGCCUUACUUGGCAGUUGUUCCGAUCAGGUCCAGCCGCUUAUCUCCACCUGUGAAACCGCGUAGUCCGAUUUUGGAGGAAGACCUAGUUGUUCAUGUCCUCAACCAAGUGGGUGAUGAAUAUGACUCCACCUCUGCUGCCCGUGUUCGUGCCGAACCACUUUCGUUCAAAGAACUUGGGGAUAUUCUAAAGGAGCACGAAAAGAAAAUUCAGCUGUCGGAAGCCACUCGCACUCUAUCCCUCGCCACUACCAAUUACACUCAGCAGCAAUCUGGUGGCGGUGGGAGUUCUCGGUUUGGUCAGCAUCACCGUGACAGCGGUCGUGACAGUGGUUCCUCCGCAAACCGUCGCAGUCGUGGGUAGACGACUGGUAGAACCGCACGGUUCACUGCGGGCAGUGGAUGCCAAUUCCUUCGUCACCAUGGUCUUUCUCCCCCGCCUGUGGCUCACUCCACAGG